UGCAAACGCAGCAAACAUUAAAUUGUACGGUCGCUGCGAACACCGCGAGACGAAUCGCUUAUUGCCCAAUAUCAUUAUAGUAAUAUGUCAUAUUGUGUUUGUGUGUGUUUCGUGCAGUGUCUGAACGUCGUACAGUAUAGACCGAAACACGAUGCCCUUCGUCGUAUGUUAUAAUAUAGGUGCGUUGUAAUGACCCGGAGCAAACCGGUUUCACGUUGCGCACUCGUCGCCGGACCGCCGUCGGCUGCAGACGUUACGUUAAUAAUAUUGUUGCCUUGCAUCGCGCAGUCCUGCUGCAGUUCGUGUCCGUGAACAGAGGCGCAUCCAGCACGUCCUGCGGCGGUGUUGACAUAUUCUCGGCGAUUUUCGUACCACCGUCUUCGGGAAACCAUUCGAGCAAAUCACUUCGAAUUAUUUAUUGUCUCGCACACAAUGGUGGACAUCGACAAUGUGCUGGUGUCGUUGGGCAUGGGCCGGUACCAGUUCAUGGGCUGCAUGCUGUUCGGCCUAAUGAUUAUGUAUUCGAACGUGUCGCCGGUCACCUACGUCUUCACCGCCAGCGAUUUGAAAUACAGGUGUGAAAUACCGGAAUGCGAUGCACCGAACCCGGAAGGACGUAUCUACGACCCUGAAUGGUUGCGAUUCACGAUUCCUUAUAGAAACGACACAAAUCAGCCUCGCAAGUGUUUGCGGUAUGCUGCGUUGUCUGGUCCGCUGAUAAACGGUACGCGGUGCUCGUCCGGUGGAUUCAACGAAAGCUUGACUGAGUGGUGCCGCGACAGUUGGGUGUUCGAAGAGUUCGAAAACACCAUCGGCACGGAGUUUGGACUCAUGUGUGAGGAUAACAAAUGGAAGCUGUCAAUGGUGGGAACGAUCAACAACUUCGGACAAUUUAUCGGAAUACCAGUGUCAGGGAUCGUUGCUGACAGGUACGGCCGAAAGUUCACUAUGGUGUUUUGUGCAGCUACAUCAGCCGCAUUAUGUAUAAUCCAGUCAUUUUCAAACAGUUAUUCGAUGUUCAUGGUUUUAGAAUUUGUGUCUUCGAUUGUGUCCAGUGGAAUUUACACGGUUACUUUUAUAUUAGCGAUGGAGCUGUUUUUGCCACAACAGCGUGUACUCUAUUAUUCGAUUCUAGAAUGUUUCCUCCCGGUUGGCUCUAUUUUAGUGGCUUAUAUCGCCAGCCUAGUGCAAGACUGGAGGAUUUUAUUGCGGCUAGUAAACAUCCCGGGAUUGCUGUUCUUGUCAUACUUUUGGCUAACAGAAGAAUCGAUGAGGUGGUUAGAAAGUCAAGGCAAACACGACAAAGUGAUCAACGCGCUCAAGAAAAUAGCGGCUGUCAAUAAAAAGCCUUUUCCCGACCUGCCUACAAACACCCAAACCUUGGAAAGUGUGGACGAUAAAGACGAUAAAGACGCAAAUUUCGGCAGUAUUAUAAAAGACAUAAUCCGUUCUUCAACAAUAUUCUGGAGGAUGAUCAGGUGUUCGUACGUGUGGAUAGCGGUGACCCUGGUAUACUACGGUCUGACGAUAAGCUCGACGGACAUCGCCGGAGACAAGUAUCUGAACUUCUCGUUAGUGUUGUUAGUCGAGAUCCCGGCUUGUCUGUUGAACUGGCUGAUAAUGGAAGGCAUGUCGAGAAAAAUGUCACUCAGUUGCAUGUUUGUGUUCAGCGGCGUCACUUGCGUCAUGUACAACUUGAUGCCCAGUGAAUUCUUCUUGAUAAAGCUGUCGCUGUUUUUGGUCAGUAAACUCGCGAUAUCCAUCGCAUUCUGCAUCAUUUACAUGCUGACAGCGGAGAUAUUCCCCACCAAAAUGCGGGCUACCAUGAUGUCCAUGUGCUCCAUGCUCGGUCGGAUAGGGUCGAUGUUGUCGCCUCAGGCCACGCUCCUGACGGAGUACUUUGGCGUGUACGCGACAAUGCUCGUGUUCGGCAUGACCGCGUUCGCAGCCGCGGCCAUCACCAUGACUUUGCCGGAAAGUAAAAACAUCAAAUUGCCCAACACCAUCGACGAAGCCAAAGGGAUCGGCACCGAUGUCAAACCGAAAAACAUCGGAAAAAACUCGCCGUAGAGUUCCUAUCAUAAUAUACUACUGUAAUAAUAAUAAUAAUAAUAAUCCCUGUACGGUCGAUGUCGGCAUAAUGUUAUUAUUAUACGUUUAUAUAUUAUUAUAUACGCGCCCGAGAAAUUAUUACGCACGGACUUCCGGUUGAUUUAUUUUGCGCGUCUGUGAUCGGUUCGAAGAAGGGGUGAACCACUACUGAUUAGUGAUUACUACACCCUCGGUUGACUUAAUUUUAAUGAAAACGACUUAGUAUAAUUUUAUUGCGUGUACCUCUUUAUAUAUAAUUAUAAGUUAAUCGCGCUGUUCUGUAUGUUUAGCGGCUAUCUAAUAAUCUUUGACAGGCCCUUUUUCAUUUUUUUUUCCGUUUUUAAUUUGUUGAUAAUUAAUAUUGUAAAUACCUCUCAUAUUAUAUAACUGUUUAAACCUGAUGUAAAAAUACCUAAUUGAAACGCAUAGAGCUACAGUUCGGCUCUUUAUGCUCUUAAAACGCUAAAUGAAUACUACGAUAUACCAGACGCCUAUACGAAUUUGAAAGCACACAGAGACAUGUUUAUUAGUGUCUUUAAAUAAACGAAAUAGUUUUAUACGACCAAUGCUGCUUCAAACAAUUAAAUAAACUGUAAAUUCUACACAAUAUUUAGUUUUAUAAUAUUUCAAUUCUCAUAUUUUUUUUAGUUACAAUGUAGGUUUGAAAGAAAAAAUGUACAACUUUUUUGUAGAUGUUGUAUAAACCAUUACACCGUUACGCCUACAAUAAUCAAAUUUUCUAUAUAAUAAACAUAAUAGUCAUGUUCAUAAAAAUUUUGAGAUUGUAGAUGUUAGACAUGAAUCUACCUACCUAUACUCACCUUUAAUAAUAAUAAUUAAUUAUUAAUUAAAAAACAAUAGUUAUAUUUUAUAAUAAAUGUUUUAAUUAGCUCAAUAUUAUCCAAUUAAUCAAGUAAAUAUGAUGGUCUUCUUUAUUAAUAUUAGAAAUGCAAGCAAUUCCAACAUAUUUUUUUUAUUUUAAAAUUUGACAAAAAGUGAUUUGAAAUUAUGUUUAAAUUUAAAUUACUUCAUAUUAUAUUUGAUUUGCUAAGUUUCACGGACAUUUUUAAAAUAUUGUUAUAAAUUGUAACAUGUUAACCAAUUUUAUUUUUGUUAUAUAAUUAUUUUUAAAAUGUGUAAAUAACUAAUAAAAUAAGAAAAAUUGAAAAUUAAAUACAAAUGUCUUAUAAAUUAUUUAUCUUAUGAUUUACAACAUUGGUACUCUAUUCUUCCGGAAAACAAAGGUUAUAUACAUAUUUUCAUUUAUCAUAAUUGAAAUAUUAUUUUCAAGUUCUUUGACAAAACUGUUAAUAAUUUAAUAUCACAAUGUCAGAAUAUGAAUUGAUAGCUGGUCAAGGCCGUAUCCAGAAAUUUUUACGGGGGGACUCCAGACCCCUUGGAACAGGGGGUUCCGGACACCCCCUGUAGCUGAUAAUAUUUAACAGCAAACAACUUUCCAAAUCAAAAAUGUUGCAUUAAUUAUAAGUAUUUCAUUACUUAUUUUGGGUGAAAAUAUUCAUCUUGAGAAACCAUGAUUCGAUAUACAUUCAAUCAAAUACAUUUAAUAAAAUUAAUGUUACCGUUAAAAGAUGAUCCUUAAAAAUAUUCACAAAGGGUAGGUUAAGUUAGGUAUUAACAUUACAAGGAAUCAAAUGCGCACCACUACUUGUUUGGAAACAUGUCAAUUUUUGAUACUAUGAACCGUAGUAUAUCAGUUACUUUAUAUGCCCAAUAUAAAAUGUAAAAAUACUAAUUAAACUAUAGAAUGGGCCAUCAAUAUUCAUAAAGUAUUUUAGUAUAUAAAUAAAAUUCUAUAUAGUUGUUUAAAAUAUGUUAUAGUUUUACCUAGAAAUAACUAUUUUAUUAUGGCUUAUUAUUUUAAUAAAUUAUAAUUAACUAUUUUUGAGGUUCUGUUAAUGAAUUGUCUCCUCUUCACGUGAUUCAUGUUUGUACAUACUUUUCUAUGUUAUCCUUAUUACACAAUGUUUUUAUUUUGUAAACAGAUUGAAUAUAUUUAAGAAAAAUUUUGUUUUGUAUGUGCAACUGUUACAA